AAUAGGCUUCAAGUGUCUUAAUCUCAGUACCGUUGAAUAUUUCACCCUAAGUAGACGCACAAUCCUAGCAGCCCUUUGCUUUCUCGAAUCAAAUCCGACCAAACACAAACACACCAUGGCUUUCUACGAUCCGGAGCGCAAACAGUGGCAAGGAAAGACGCAACCCAGCAUCCUCAACCCGGAGGCAAACAUUGGGCAGAUUGUGUGGAAUCUUCUAUCGCGAGCUCCGGACAAAGUGAUCCAAAUCAAUGCCGAUGAGGAUAGCUACAUGACUUGCGCCGAAAUGAAACGCCGUAUCGUUCGGAUUGCGAUGAAUUUGCAGUCGAUGGGGUGCAGUCGCGGGGAUAUUGUUUCGUUGGUUUGUACCAACGGUGAAAACGUGGUUCCAAUUUAUGUCGGGUGCUUGACGAUCGGUUUGGUGGUAAAUUCGCUGGCGCCGGUGUUCAAUAAGGACGAUCUGGCGCACAUGAUGCGUCAAACGCAAUCAAGGGUAGUGUUUUGCGAUAAAGAAAACCGAGAGAUUGUUGAGCAGGCAGCUGGGGAGGCAAUCGCUAAGAAGCCGAUGAUCUUUGUGACGGGGAAUAGUGUAGGAGAAGCGUUAUCGGUUGAUGUUCUUUUGAGGUCAGUUAAGGGCGAAGAACAGUUCGUACCGAAGUAUCUGGGUGAUUCUCGAAAACUGUUAGCUAUUAUUCUGUGCUCAUCGGGUACAACCGGACUUCCUAAGGGAGUGUGUUUAUCUCAUGCUCAUCUGAUUGAAAACGAUAUGUUUGCGGAACAACUGAACGCAGGACCGAUAUUCAACUUCAGUGCACUGUUCUGGGCAACCGGGAUGUUUGCUGUGCUGACGUCGCUUUAUUAUCAACGUCCUCGAGUUAUCACCCGAAAACCAUUCAACGAAGAAAUUGUUAUUGAUGCGAUUGAGAAAUACAAAGUGGAGGACAUAUUCACUCCUCCAUCUUACAUUGCGUUGCUGGUAAACCACCCCCGUUUUGCGAAGGCUGAUUUCAGUAGCGUUAAAAGGUGGACUAUGGGAGGUGCUAUCGUGUCAGAAGAGUUACGAGUCAAACUGGCAAAUCGGCUGCCGUAUGGGAAAACCAAGUCCGUCUAUGGAACGUCAGAAAUCGGAAUCGUUACAGCGGCAGAUACGCCGUGUGUUCCCGGAGCAGUUGGUACGUUGGUUUCAAAUUUGGAAGCUAAGAUAGUUGACGAGUGCGAUCGGAGAUUAGGCCCCAUGGAAAAAGGAGAAAUACGUUUGAAAUUCAAGCAUAAGAUUUUGGGUUACCUCAACAAUGAGCAAGCAACGAAGGAAGCAUUCGAUGCGGAAGAUUUCUUCAAAACCGGUGACAUUGGAUAUUUCGAUCAGCAUGGUCAACUUUUCGUAAUCGAUCGAAUUAAGGACAUCAUCAAGUAUAACAAUUAUCAAGUUUCGCCGUCGGACCUGGAAUCCGUCAUCGAGAAGAUCGAUGGAGUGAAACAAGUUUGUGUAACAGGGGUACCACUGCAGGAUAAAACAUCGGACUUAGUGACGGCCGUUGUCGUUCGAAAGCAAGAAUCGACGCUAACCGAAGAACAGCUCUUGGAGGCCGUUAAUAAUCAAGUUAGUGACUACAAACAGAUACGGGGUGGAGUGUAUUUCGUGGAUCGACUGCCUACUUCAGCUGCUGGAAAAGUUCUCAGACGUGCCGUGAAAGAGAUGGUAAUUUAUAGGGUUGGUGUUAAGUGAAGUCAGACUUUAAAUAUUAAUUUCUGUUUUUAAAUUUCAUUACUCAAAUGUCUCAUCGAGUAAUCAUGUUUAGUCUGCCGUAAUCUGGAAAAGUGACGUAUAAGUCAAAUUAAAACAUUUUCAUUUUUCUGUUAAAGAAUUCGAUGAGUACUACUCAGAGAUUGAACUCAUCAUUUCAUUAUCAUUUAGUAUUUAGCCAAUCACUCAUUCCAUUGGCUGAUUUCCGAAAAGUUCAAUCCCUAGUAUGUACUACUAGUUAACAUCAGUUUUGGAAAAUGGCGUAUUCGUCACUUCCCAGACUAUGGCAGCAAGUAUGUUAUCGAUCAUUUAGUAAUUCGCGUUCGAUCAUAUAGUAGUUUGUCAAUAACUCAUUCCAGAAGCUUUAUUUCAAAAUAUGUUGUAUGGUGGACUUCUAGUACGAAGGUUUUUCUGCAACUCUGUCUUAUGGUUCUUUGUUUGAAUUCCACUAGUAACGGAGUUAUAACUAUAGUUUCAAUAACUUAGACUAAAUGAUAACAAAAUUCCAAUCAUUUAGUUUAGGUUACUGCAACUAGCGCUAUAACUACGUUAUUAGUUGAAUUCUAACAACGAACCAUUAGGCAGAGUUAUAUAAAAACCAUCGCACUAGAAGUCCAUCAUACAACACAGUUUGAAAUUCAGCUUCUGGAAUGAGUUAUUGACAAACUACUAAAUGAACAAAAGUGAAUUACUAAAUGAUCAAUAACAUCCUUGUAUGGCAGUAGUGCAGUCUUUGACCAUAGAUAAAAAUAUUAUACGACUACGGUUACGCCAAUGAUAAUUGUGUCUGGCUGUAACUGUAAAGGGUUUGAGUUCAAUUCCAGUCGGCGCUGUUGGAAUUUUCUAUAGUUAGGCCUGUGUCAAUCACAAUAUCAACAACAUUGAGCCUGUCCCCACCAUUGAAACGCAGCAAGUCAAAAUUGUAUCAGAAACGAUUAGUUAUAGGGAUGUAGCAACUUAACUUUAACAAAAAACUGUCCACGCUCGUGCGAAGAAAAGAAUGUAUGAUAUUGUUCAUGUUUAGAAAUUAGAGGCGUGACCCGUGCCUUUUUGAUGCUUUCUAUUAUUGUUGAUAAGGAAAAAAGUAAAUCAGUAAAUAAAAACAAAAUGAAGAAA